CCGGCUUCACACGCAAAGAUAGGCGCCACUCGACCAAACCAUGACCCGGCAGCAUUGGUCAAUCACAAGGCGGUGUCCCGGAUGUCCUUGAUCGCAAGACGACGUCUGGAGACCCGCGCAUCUUCCGUAACCUCGAAGACCACUCCUCUCUCCCUGUUGACCACACAAUCACCUAGGGCAAGCCUGCUUCGUUCCUCACAAUUGUCUCUGUCCAGUCCUGCCAUUGCACCUCAUCAUGGAAAGCCCUCGCAACGACUACUAUUCUCGCAACUCCAUGUCGUCAGACGAGACGAAGCGCUUCCUGCCGUCCGACGACAUGGACACGCCAGUGGUGCGGCCUGCCAAAAGGCAGAAUCCCUGGCUGAGCAGAGGCGUCGCCGUGACUGGCCUCAACGUUGCGCUGUUCCUUGCUGCGGUGGGUGUCUGGUCGCACGUCCACGUCCUUCUACGCAGCUUCGACUGCGACGCAAAGCCUCGCCAGGACCACUUUGAGCCAGAUCUGCUUUACGACACUCGCGUGACGUUCCAGCCGCACAACUACUAUGGCGGCGCGCCAGACAACCACACCGAUGAGAUGUGGCAGCGCCUGUCGCCUCCAGGCGACGGCAUCGUCGAGGUGCCCAACGCCUUCACUUACAGCCUGCCCGCAUCCCUCCCGGCACCAAACAACCCAGAGACCCAUAAGGUAUAUGGCGUCUCCAUGUUCCACCAGCUGCACUGCCUCAACUUCCUGCGCUUCGCGUACUACCCGGAGACCAUGGCCGACUCGAUGGAGCCGCACGAGAUCACGGCCCACCGCGACCACUGUCUCGACUAUAUCCGGCAGGCCAUCAUGUGCGCGGGCGACUCGACUUUUGAGCCCCUGACCGUCGUGGGCAUUAAUGGCAUGGGCGCUACGCACCAGUGCCGCAACUUUGAGCGGCUCUUUUCAUGGGCCUAUGACCACCGCUCGGACAAGAAGAAGGGGUCUGGGUACAAGGGCGGCGUUGUCACCCAUACUCCGGGCCACCGCAAUGAUUUUGUAGAGGGUGAUGAGGGCGCUGUCGUGCCGGCGCACCACAGCCACGAGUCUAAAUGAUCGCCGUUACACAUGACGGAUCGUAAAUGGAUGUCAAGUGAAUGAGUUCACAAUUUUCAUAGAGUCAGAUAUUGAUGUUCUCGGGUGUAUCCUGCUAGCUAGUUCCUGCGUCAAUGACAG